AUGCCUCCUAGACGCCGAACAUGCAGGGAGACUCUUCCCGCUCCAGGAGAUGGGAAUGCUCCUAAAGGAUUGGCGAACACUCUUGGACGUAUUUUCCAGCAGCUGACUGCAGCACUUCCUGGCUCUAGAACUGAUUUUGGCAUGGAGCGAGCGAGGAGACAUGGAGCGUAUAGUUUUUCCUUUGCUCCUGAACCUAUAGACUCCCAGAAUUCGUUGAACCGAAUAGAGAGAGUAUUUACUAAGAUAAAUUGUCCGAAAGACCGGAAAGUGGGCUUGGCAGUAGACUAUCUUGAUGGAGUUGCUUUUGAAUGGUGGCACCAGACCAGCCAGGAACCAGGGAAUGUUGGCCCAAUGACUUGGGAUCAGUUCAAAAUACACUUCAAUAGGCGGUAUUUUGGCACGGCCAUUCGUGACAGGAUGAAGAAUGAGUUCUUGAAUAUAGAGAAAGGAGACAAGAUAUUGUCAGAAUUUGAGCAGCGUUUCACUCAGUUAUCCCAUUUUGUACUAGACUUGGUAAGCACUGAGGAGGAAAGGAUUUCUAGGUUUAUUCAUGGACUAGGGCAUGAUUAUCUCCUGCAGUUGACGACUGUAUCAUUCUACACUUAUCAUGAGGUGGUUAAUGCUGCUUUGAGAGUCAAAACUAUGCUUUUAUCUGUUGUUCGACCUCUGGAUACGGGUGGCCCCAGCCAGGGUCCAUCCAAGAGAGCUGCCUCCACAUCUGGAUCUGGAUCCUCAGUAGGUAGUAGACAGAGUAGUAGUUCUAGUCCUGGAUCUCGUUUUAGACGUGGGGAGCAUGGUAGGAGAUCUACUCAGGGACAGUUUGGCAGAAGCCAGUUUGGACAGAGCAGGGCUAGUUCAAGUAGUCAGAGCGGGGCUUCAGGUAGUCAGUCAGCUCAGUAUGGGAAAUAUCAGACGAGUGGUAUGUAUCUUUACCAGCGGGGAGCGACACUUAAGAUUGAGUGGGUUUUCAAGUAUUGUAGCGUGAUGGUUGAUGGUAUUAACUUGGAAGCCAACCUAAUCCCUUUAGACCUUGUUGAGUUCGAUGUAAUUUUGGGGAUGGAUUUUCUAGGGACUCACCAGGCUAAUAUUGAUUGUUUCCGCAAGGUGGUGGUGUUUCAAAGUCCAAGGAAGCAGGUAAUUACUUUUCAUGGUGAACGAGAUGUCCUAUCUUCUUGCCUGAUUUCAGCCUUAACAGCUGGAAAACUUUUGAGUAAAGGUUGUCAGGCUUAUUUGGCUCAUAUUGUGGAUACUAAUAAGGAAAUGUUGAGUAUUAAUGGGAACAUUCCAGUAGUGAGGAAAUUUUCAGAUGUAUUUCCAGAUGAAUUACCUGGCUUACCCCUGUAA